CAACAACUCUAAAGAGAGGUUCAUGCUGCCAGGUUCAAAACAAGAGUAUCCAUCUUCUGCCAACAUAACUUGAUUUCCUGCUGGGUAAAGGAGAGGGGAGUAUUCCUAGAAGCAACAGAACCAGGAGCUGUUUGAACUUUUCCCUGGGGCUUCACUGGUUCCCAGCUGAUGCUUAUCCUUUAUCAUCACAUUCUCUGGUUUCACAAGCAAAAAAAUAAGAACAAUUACAGGAAUGGACUGCCAUUUUUCUGUCUGGGGAGUUUUGGCCUUCCUGAGUUUGGCUCUGCUUAUUUCAGUGACACUGAAUAUUGUACACUGUAUGAAAAAGAAGCAAUCUAAAAUACUUAAAGGCUAUGAAGAGAACGAUCCAAGCUAUGAUGGCUAUCACUCAGAAGAUUAUCCAGUUUACGGCAAUCUCAAUCAAGAUAUUUUAGAAGAAUGUUGUUACGAGCAGAUGAAGUCCCAGCCUCAAAGAACAGUUAACCAGCUACAGGUGGAGUCUGCCAGUCAGAUGUGUUAUGCCUCACUUGAUCACAGUGUCAAAGGAAAAUGCAAAAAACCAAGGAGAAAGAAAGAUCCUUCAUUAGAAGAAGAUGAAGGAGAAAGAUCAUCUAACGCCAUGGUGGCUUCCAAAGUUAGCAUUUACCUCAAUAGUGAGCAGCUGGCUGCCGAAAACACGGCAAAAGUAGAAGCCAUUCAUGAUGAUCCCAUCAGAUUAAUGGGCUUGAUUCAUAAUACAAAGGGGGAGAACUGAAUAUGUAAUGAACCAAAUAUGUAACCAUAAAGAUUUGCUUUUUCAUUUUGGAGGAUCAAUGACUGAUCAGAGAAAAUAUUCCAGAAAGGUGACAUACUAAACUGUGGUAUGAAAUGGGUAACUUAAGUGUUCCAAACUGUCUGCCAAGCACAUUUACAGACUAAGCAAGACAUAGGUCCAGACUGCCACUCAGAUGGAUCUGCCUUUCUGAAGACAAUUUGAAAGAGUUGCAGAAACUGGUAGCUCAGCAUUCACAUGGUAGUGAUUCCAGUAAGAAUUGAUCCUGUUUUAAACAAUCAUCAGCUUUCAAGCAGUCCUAAAAGAUCCCCUUGUUGUCUAUACAGCUCUAGCAGAGUACUAUUCCAUAUUAACUUCAAUACUUUUGAAAUGAGAUUGUGUUUCAUACUUGCACACUUGGUGAUUAGUUUUACCAAGAACUGAUCUGCUGUUCCACACUGUGAACUUUCUGACUGUGACUGGUCUAUGGCAAUGACUGGAGAAUAAUUUAACAGCUGAUUUAAAGUAGUAAUUGUACAUUUCACAAGACUCAGCAGUAUCUUUGUGUAUCUUCAGUUUCCUCUAACAGUACUAGAAUACAUCUCAAAUCUCAACUCCUCUACUAGUGUAAUAUUGAAUAUAGCUGUAUUCAAGGGUCCACAAAAAUUAUCACACCAUCUGUAACAAUAAAUCUAGAAAGUAUUUCUUCCAAUACCCCAUGUUAUGUUUGCAUUCCUAUUGGGUUUUCCAUAGCCAUCCUUAAAUAUUUUACAAAAACAGAAAGAGCUUUUUAUUUUCCCAAACCCUUCACUUACUGUAUACACAUUUAUUUUAAGACUAAACCCUUUAAAUGUAAGUUUUAUAGAGUGGGUAGCUAUUUUUAUAUUCUGGGAGUCAUUAAGUAGUUGCAGCAGGAAACAAGUUGAUGUAAUGUGUCUACCUCUAGGUGUCAGACACUCUGCCUUCCCAAAAAACCAGGGCAUUUGAGCCUUUAAAAUCCAAAGAGCAUUGCCAAGGAACUUGAAACUCUGAAGCAUAGAGCCCUAAAACUGGUCCUGAAAGAGACAGACCUGGAAACAAAAGGUCCAUAGUACAGAGCCAACAUCUUCUAAGAGUAGAAAUGGAUGGACACAUCAAGUGAUAAGAUAAAUUUAUGGGGGGAAAAAAAAAACCAACAAAAAAACCCAAACAAUGGUUAAAUUCAACUUGUCAUUUCAAUCUGGUAACUAAUUUAACGGAAAUGACGUACCCAUUUCUCUCAUUGAGUGUACAUGUAACAUUAAGUUCACUUAAUGGGAUUUUAGUUCAUUUAGUUUCCUCUCUAUUUUCGAUUUUCAUUGUUUUAUCCAGCUAUAUGUUUAUGCUAAUUUUCAUCAGCUGCUUUCCCCUGCAACAUAGUUUGUUCAAAGAGCAUUUUUGUAAAUAUUCUCCAUAUAUAUCUAUACAUACUUCCUUUCCACAUUUAAUCACUGCCUCCAGUAAUUAUUGAUUGUGGCUCUCAGGAUGAUCUUUAAUAGCCUAUCAACUAUUUCCAAGGCAUUUGUAAUGCUGUCACAUUCAAAUUCAGCUUUAUUCUUUUGGCUCUUUACCCUCCAUCUGCUUAAAUAAGCAAUCAAACAACCUAAUUUUUUUUUAAAACAAGUUUUGAGGUAGUCUUCAAAUGACUACUGAAUCCUUACACAAAAAAGCAUGUUCAGUAUUGUGCCAUCUUCAAGACAUUAGAGAAAGACCUACAUAAACUAUCAUAUACUAGUUAAAUUCUUUACAUAUAAAGCAAGUUUCAACUAAUUACAACACAAGAAGAGGUGUUAGGUUUUAGCUUUACACUGUCUCAGUAACCUCAUCUGUUUUUCCACUGUUCCUUAAAAAAAUUUUUAUAGCAAAGACAAGCAUUGUAAAGCUUUUUUUUUAUUAAUGGUAAGCUUAGCAUUCAAGUACCAGUUCAAUGGAACAGUAAAGAAUAAGUAAACAAGAGGAAAUAUGGUGGGAAAAGCAAUAUUGUUUGGAAGGGUAGAAGAUUGGAACUCAAAACACAAGAGAUCAUGUAGCACCACUGACAUCUUCAUAAGUUGAGGCAGAUGUAUUUCACCAGUGAUUUAGCAUUUGAUAAUCACUGCAGAUGUACCUGGCUAAACAUACCUGGUCUAGCAGUUGUUAGAAUCAUUGGGAGAAACAACAGACUUUUCCUUGUAUCAAGGGUCUGCUGGCUCACAUGGUGUAGGAGGAUCAACUCUAAAAAUAGAAACUUUCUCCCUUUUUUGCUACUGCUAGCACCCAAAACAUGGCAUUGGUAUGAUCUUACCUCCCAACACUUAAAGGUUUUCCAAGAAUGACCUCUUUAAAUUAUUUCAAAGUAAUCUUCAUGAAGACAAUUUUGCUAUGUUGAAUAAACCAACUUAUCUUCCUUACCUGUCUGAGCUGCACUGAAGUUGCUGUGUAGACGUCAUACCUAGAGUCAGAACAGGUCCAAACCACAAUUCCAGCUGACUUCUAAAUUACUUUAGAACAGAAAGCAAUGAAUUAUGCAAUCUCUCAAUACUAGCGUAUCAAGAAAUACUGCGAAAUAAUUACCUCAACAAAUCCAAGAGGAAGAUAGUUCAUAAAAUAUAUUCCCUACAGUGCAUCUGUGUCUGGAAAAGGAAGAAAAAAGAGCCCCAAGAGAUUUCUAAAAGACAGUAUUUUGCUGCUGUCAUGGAAAGACAUGCAAUAUCCAAAUUAUGAAGAAUGGAAAGUGUGUGCAGAAGUUCAUAUUGCAGAGAAAAUCUCACUAUAGGUGGCUUCUUGUCCUAUUCAAGAACAAUACUUAAGAUAACAAGAUUUUGGUUUUAAGAGCUAAAAUAAAACCCUCCUGUGUGUCUGGAAAUAAAGUAAAGCCAAAGAAAAACAAUUUCUUCCUUUUCUGGAGGAAAUGGGGCAACAAGGGGCAGUGCUGAUAAAACAGCAAGUACCUUAUCUAACACCACUAACACAAUCCCCUUGCCAAGAAAGGACACAGCAGUGAAAACCUGUGGGACCCUCAUACCUCAUUCUCACAGAUUUGCUCAUGCAGGUAUACAAACUCCUCCUGAGAGUUCACAUAAGUGAAAUAAAAUGUUGAAGGCGGGUAUUUGUUCAGAAUAGUUUUUUAUUUAGAACAUGUACUGUGUCAGGUACAACUUUGUCAAAACAGAGAAUGCAAUUAUCAAACCUACUAAACAGUAUAAAAUUUUAUUGAACAAUCAACUCUGGAAAAUUUUAACAUUAACAUUGCAUAGAAAACUUAAGUCAUAGCAUAUAGUAGUGAUUUUUGGGUCUGUACUGAUGCAUCCAAAAACCACGUAUAUGCAGCAAUUUAGGUAAAUGAGCUUGUUCCUUAUUAUUAACACAGUAAGAAUCAAAGUUUAUUAUACCAACUUUGGUGAUCUACUUAGAAAACGUUAACAUUAACAUAGCAAUGAAUUUGGAUCUGUACUGAGAGACUCAAACAUAAAUGAGCAGCAAUUUAGGUAAAUUAGCUUGUUCCUUAUUAUUAAUACAAUAAGAACCAAAGCUUAUCAGCAAAUAAGAAUACAGAUCACAUUCUGUUAUUACAAAUACUGUCAAAUAUAAAAAUCCAACUUAGCCAUAAAUUGAAUAAGAACUGAAUA